AGCGGCGCGGGGCCGCGCUGCCGCCGCUCCUCCCGGCCCCGCCGCGCUCCGGGCCCCGCCGCGCGCAUGCUCCGCCGAGUGACGCCGCGACUCCAUGUGUGAGAAGCGCAUUAUUUGGCACGGGGGAGCCGCGGCCGACAGCCCGCACCGGGGAGAGCCCGCGGCGACGCGGGGGAAGAGGAGGAAAGGGCGGCGCGGAGCGGAGCGGGGGAGCGGCGGCGGGGAGCGGCGGGACGCGGCGCGGCUGACCAGCACUGCGGUCCCUUUCAGCCACUUGGUGCAGACAGGACCCCCCCGUGGGACCCAUGAACCUCACUGACAGAGCCUCACAAUGACAGAGGAAGCAUGCAGGACACGAAGUCAGAAACGAGCCUUAGAACGUGAGGUACCGCAUAACGAUGUGGACAGCAAGAAACUAAAAAUGGAGAAAGGACUGUUAGGAACUGAAAUAAGUGCUGAAGGAGACAUGAAAAUAAAAACGGAUCCCGGAGCUGGAAAAGUGCAAGGACUGUUAAAAAGCGGAGAGGUGAAAGCAACCAUCAAAGUGGAGGUUCAGACAGGAGACGAGCCCGUGGACAUGAGUACUUCCAAAAGUGAAAUAAAGAGAGAGAAGCGAGUCCCCUCCCCGGACGUCAUAGUGCUGUCAGACAAUGAGCCUUCUAGCCCUAGAAUGAAUGGUUUAACCAAAAUAGCAUUAAAAGAGACCAACACGGAGGCGCUCAUGAAAAGCAGUCCUGAGGAGCGUGAGAGAAUGAUCAAGCAGCUGAAAGAAGAGCUACGGUUAGAGGAAGCAAAGCUUGUCCUGUUGAAAAAGUUACGGCAGAGUCAAAUCCAGAAGGAGACCACUACUCAGAAGCCUGCCUGUUCCUCUGGGAGUGCUGUGGCCACCCCUCCGCCCUUGGUGCGGGGCACGCAGAGUGUUCCUGCUGGCAAGCCGUCCCUGCAGACCUCUUCUACACGUAUACCAGGCACUGUUAUUCCUCCUCCGUUGGUUCGUGGUGGGCAGCAGACCUCUGCAAAAUUAGGAACCCAGCAAAACACGCAGAUAGUAAUGCCACCUCUUGUCAGAGGAGCACAGCAAAUCCACAACAUCCGACAGCACUCCAGCACAGGGCCGCCUCCGCUGCUGCUGGCACCGCGGGCCUCGGUCCCCAGCGUGCAAAUUCAGGGGCAGAGAAUUAUCCAGCAGGGUCUGAUCCGUGUGGCCAACGUCCCCAAUACCAGCCUGAUCGUCAACAUCCCACAGGCCUCUCCAACUUCAAUCAAAGGUACAACAGUGACAUCAGCUCAGGCCAAUGCCACCUCCACCAGCGCCGCUUCCAUCGUCAACUCCAACGAGUCGCCCGCCAGCCGGCAGGCUGCAGCCAAGCUGGCACUGCGGAAGCAGCUGGAGAAGACACUGCUGGAGAUCCCUCCUCCAAAGCCACCUGCUCCAGAGAUGAACUUCCUGCCCAGUGCGGCUAAUAACGAAUUUAUUUACCUAGUUGGAUUGGAAGAAGUUGUGCAGAAUUUGCUGGAAACUCAAGGUAAAGUUUCCAUCCCUGUUUCAUCCCGUGAGCCCUACAUGUGUGCUCAGUGUAAGACUGACUUCACCUGCCGCUGGAGGGAGGAGAAGAACGGAACCAUCAUGUGUGAAACCUGUAUGACAUCCAAUCAGAAAAAGGCCUUGAAAGCAGAGCACACCAACAGGCUGAAGGCUGCCUUCGUCAAAGCUCUGCAGCAGGAGCAGGAGAUUGAGCAGAGGAUACUGCAACAGACUGCAUCUCCUGUACAGAGCAAGUCAGACCCCAUUGUGCAGCACCACUCGCUCAAGCAGACUUCUAGCCAGAUGUCUCGAGGCUCUGGAGCCCCACGGGGAGUGUUGCAUGCAUUUAGCCAGUCACCCAAGUUGCAGAAUGCCUCGUCUGCAGCAGCACUUGGGAGCAGGCCAGGUAAGCAUGCUGAGAGACCUGUCAGCAAGGGCAGCGCUGCCGCCUGGAAGAAGACUCCCAUCAACACAGGUGGGGCUCUGCCCUUUGUUAGCCCCAGUCUAGCUGUGCACAAGUCCUCCUCGGCAGUAGACCGCCAGCGUGAGUAUCUGCUGGAUAUGAUCCCCCCGCGGUCCAUCCCACAGUCUGCCACGUGGAAAUAAUGCAGAGGAACGCCCGAGAGGAAGACUUUCCUGUUUCUGCCAUCCUUUUUAUACCACACGACAGUGGAAUCUGCUUUAAUCCCAGCUGGAUACGCCCCAGGCUUUAUAGGAUGCGAGAAGACCACUCCUCAUGCCAUCGAGUGCUGCUGUCCCUGCUAUGAGAAACGACGCCGCGUGGGUGGGAAAGACUCGAGCUCCUUUGGUUAUCAGAUCCUCGUGAUUGACUGAUAAUGAAGGCUGUCAGGGAAGGGGAAGAAUUCUUAUUUUUUGGGCUUUAUACAUUUAGUUUGGAUUUUCUUUGUCACCAGCACAAGAGGAGGACUGAGUGACUCUGCCUUCGGUUCCUUGGUUCACCACGGAGCGUGGAUG